AUGUCUUCUGAGGAAAAGGACAUUUCGGUUGAAGCGACUUCGUCACCGCCUGUGUUGACCAUCACCGACCAGGAGCAAGAGCGAUUGAACGCCUUACUCGACGAACAUGGCGCGACCUGGGACUCGCCCAACGACCCCCACGACCCCUACAACUGGCCUUCCAUGCGCAAAAUUUCAGUCACGCUGAUCGUUUCGCUGGGGCAACUCGUCACCCUCAUGUCGACUAGUAUGAUGGCCGCCGCCUUGACCCAGAUCGGUGCCGACCUCCAUUUAGGUAGCACAGCUACUCAGAUCACCUUUUCAGUCUUCAUCUUAGGUCUCGCGUUUGCUCCUUUCUUGAUCGCGGCUCUCUCCGAGAUGUAUGGGCGACAACCGAUCUGGAUUGCCAGUAACCUGUUCUAUAUCUUGUGGAAUGCGCUGUGUCCCCUCACAGGGCCUAUACUUGCCGACAUGUAUCAGCCGGAAUAUCGAGGACGCUCCCUGGCGCUGGCCACCUUUAUCCCCUACCUGGGCCCGGCCCUGGGCCCCAUCAUAGGCGGAGUGAUCUCGCAGCAUCUGCCGUGGGGCUGGCUAUUCUGGGUCCUCUCCAUGUUCGACGCCGCCAUUGUGCUGAUCGGCAUUUGCUUCCUGCCUGAAUGCUACACCCCAAGUCUACUCCGGAAGAAGGCCGCCCUCCACCGCCACCUCCAGGAUGCCGUCAAUGCUCCCCUCUCGUCCUUCAGCAAACGCCCGCUCACGCCCCUGCUCGACAAAGCGUUCUAUCAGAACCUCAGCACCAGGCUAGGGGCCCACCUCAUCCGCCCGCUGAAGCUCCUCGUCUCCCGCCCCGCGAUCCAAGUCAUCGCGCUGAUCAUGGCGCUGAACUUCGCCAUCUACUGCCUGCUGCUGUCCACCUACGCGACCCUCUGGAUCGAGCGGUAUGGCGAGUCCGCGACCGUCAGCAGUCUGAACUACAUCGCCAUCGCGGUCGGCACCAUUACCGCCUCACAGUUGGGCGGCCACUUGAUGGACCGGAUCUACCAAGCCCUAAAGGCGCGCCGCCACCACGACGCCACACCCAGCCCCGAGUUCAGGGUCCCUUUCCUAACCCCCGGCGUUUUCCUCAUCCCGGUAGGCAUUUUUCUGUAUGGCUGGUCCGCGGAGAAGCGGCUGCCUUGGGUCGUCGUCGAUGUGGGCACUUCCAUCUUCGUCACGGGCAGCUUCAUCGUGUCCCAGGGCAUGCUGGCCUACCUGCUGGACGAGUUCACCACGCACGCCGCCUCGGCCAACGCCGCCGCGCGCAUGCUUUCUAACAUCCUCGGCUUCGCCUUCCCAAUCUUCGCCCCAGAUCUGUAUGCCGCCCUCGGGUACGGGUGGGGAAACAGCCUGCUGGGAUUUAUCUUUGUUGCUGUCGGCUGGCCUGUUCCUGUGAUACUGUGGGUCUACGGAUCCCGCUUACGGGCUAUUUGA